UGGACGGCGGCGGCUCCUCCUCUUAUCCCCAUUUCCUUCCUCUAGAACCCUGAUUCUGCUACUCAAAAUCCUGUAUCUCUUGAUGAAUUCGAGUGAAGUGAUAGCGGGACCUUAACAAUUGGUAAUCAGAGCCACCAGAUCCAGCCAAUUUUUUUCUCCACCCUUCCCAAUCUGGCGGGGAGAUUUCCAUCCAUCAUCCAGACAAGAAGGGGCAAGGCUAUGACGAUGGAGGAGCACACCAAGGCGAUCGCGGAUCUGACCGCGGCAAUUGCGGCCCUCACAACCAAGAUCGAGGACAUCCACCCCGUGGUCCACGAGCUGCAAGGAUGGCGGCCCCAGAUCGAGCAGUCUGUGGAGGAGAUCCGAUCGGAGGUGGGUCACUUGCGGACUCAGAUCGACAAGGCCACGCUCCCACCGCCGGUGGACAGGGCCACGGCGACUGCUCCACCACCUCCUCUUCCGCGGCUCAGCGAGCUUCCGCCGCUCCUCCCUCUCAUCGCGGAUGGAUCGCGGCCCCGAUUGCCACCACCGACGGCCGACGCACCUCAUCUGCGCGCCGUCGACAUCUCAGAUCGUGGUGACACCAGUCACGGGCCCGAUGGCCACGGCGUUUUCACUGAUCUUCGGGGGAAAUCGUCAGGGGAGAUCCGCACCCCGCGAUUACCUCCGGCCACUGGUACGUCCGACUUCUAUCACCAUGGCGAGCAGUCAUUUGCUGGGGAUCGUGGGUACUUUAGAUUGCCACCACCACCGCGGUUUGAUUUUCCAUUGUUCGAUGGAUCCAAUCCGCGUGCCUGGCGUCUCAAAUGUGAGGCAUACUUUUGGGUGUGCACCUUGAGUGCGGACACAUGGGUUAGUUGUGCGGAAAUGUAUUUCACCGACAACGCACUGUCAUGGUUGCAGUCGUCGCAAGCUCAUUUGCAUUACCAGGAGUGGGGGGAGUUUGCAUCUGUUAUUUGUGCACAGUUUGGUAGGGAAGAGUUUCAGAAUUUGUUGCGCCAGUUCAAUCGCUUGCGACAAACAGGCACUGUCACCAAAUACGCAGAGCAAUUCACUCAGUUGAUGCAUAACCUAUUAGCUCAUCAUAGCUCUUGGGAUCCUGCAUUUUUUGUCACCCAAUUCAUGGAUGGAUUGCAACGUGAUAUACGUGUUGCAGUUGUUUUACAUCAACCCCAAACAUUGGAUACUGCUGUGGAUCUCGCGUGUUUGCAGGAAGAAGUCGUGGAGGCUCUUCGGCGGGACGAGAGGCGCCACCCCGCGCUGCCGCCAAGCUCUCAAGGGGGCCGGGCAAUCCCUCGUAUGGCCCUGCCCUUACCCCCACCACCAUCAGCAAUCGCUCGGCAAGGGGGUACUGCAUCAGAGUCACGCCCACCGGAGACGACUCGUACUCCACCGAACGACGACAAGCUGGCCACCCUUCGGGCCUACCGUCGCGCCAAAGGGCUUUGUUUCACUUGCGGCGAGCGCUGGAGCCGCGAACAUCGUUGCGCGCCAACAGUGCAACUUCAUAUAGUGGAAGAGCUGAUCGAGAUGUUGCAAGGGCCAGCACAACCAACACCAUCCACAGAGUCCACACCAAGUGAAGCUGACUGUUGCGUGCUCUCGCAGGCAGCAGUAGACGGUGCGGAAGCGCCAACAACCAUGCGCUUACAUGGCUGGGUGCAAGGCAAAGAGGUCCUCAUGCUGGUGGAUUCCGGUUCAUCCCACAGUUUCGUGAGCGCUGCUCUGGCCACUCAUCUCCAAGGAGUUAAGCCCGCUCAUCGUGCUCUCUCGGUGCGGGUGGCAAAUGGCAGUAUUCUGCAGUCUGACCAAGAGAUCCCAGCGUGCAAGUGGAAUUCGCAGGGGGUCGAGUUCACCACCAAUCUCAGAGUUCUUCCGUUGGGAAGUUAUGAUGUAAUUCUUGGGAUUGACUGGCUGGCUGACCAUAGCCCAAUGAAGGUACACUGGCUGGAGAAGACCAUGGCGUUUCAGCAUGAUGGAUGA